UUCGUUACAGCUUUUAUUUAAAUUUAUUGUUUUAUGAGCAAACUCAAAGCCAUCAAAAGGAGUGCAUCAUGAUGUCUAUUGUCUCAAAUAACUUUCGCGAUCCAAAUUUUUGCUUGAUAAAUCUAAUUUUUCUGUAAAUUAUGUACUAAAAAACCAAGUUAUUCGUAUAAAACAUGGAAGGAUAUCUCGAUAAAUACACCAACGUCAUACACGGAUUCCGCAGUCGUUAUUUCAAGCUUCAAGACGGCUACUUGUAUUAUGCGAAAACUAAAUCGGAGCUUCCCUUGUUGUGUCGGGGCAGCAUCUGUGUAGCAAAAGCGGUUAUUAAAACGAAAAGCAAGCCACACGCUUCGAAUUCCAGUCACAGCAACGUCUUAACGAUUUCUCUCGGGAAGAAAAAAUCUCUGAUAUUGAAAGCAAAAGAGGUUCCGUCAUAUCAGCAAUGGGUAGACGCUCUAUUCAACGCACAAAAGUCUACUGGCAAGCCGUUUCUUUCUCUCACGACACCAAAUUCAUCAGCCUCCUUUCAAGACGAGAGCAGCAGCGACGACUCACCACGACCCGAACCCCCUCUGAAAGCCGAUAACUUACGCUCGUUAAUUGUGUCCUUACAAAAUCAGCUGUUUGAAUUACAGACGAAUAAAGUGGAGUUCUUUUCAAGUUUGAAUGCUCUUUUCGAAAUUGACGGGACAAAACUAGUGGAAGUGACUGAUGGCAAAAACUCUGCGGCUGUUUUGGCGAAAGAGAUGUACAAGACUGAGCAAAGUUUCAAGGAGUUGGCAAUGCAGUGUAUUUCGUUCAUAUCAUCUGGAGCUGCUAUCGAAAAUGAUUAUUCGCACCUGUUGCGAGUGUCGAAUGAGGCUUCUAUUAGCAAUGUGGCCUGUGCCAAACUCGUGGCCAACAUGCAUGAGCGAAACAUGCAGAGGAGCACAAACUCAGAGGACGACUCAUUCCAACUACCACGGGAGCACCAACAACGCCGGGACACUGUGACGUCAUCAACACCGUCGUCCCCAAUCUGGCCCAUGAGACCAUCAAUAGUUGUUGACGAUUACUCGAAACUAAGAAAUCGAUUCGCCAAGCGAGCCAGUCUUCGUGCUGGUAGCCGACAAGGCUCUUGCGCCGAAAACAUUUUCGCAUUUAUAUCCUCUCAAGCUACCACGAUCAACACUAACCGGAAAGACCAGCCGAGAUUUUCGCUGAAUUUACCUAUCGGCUGCUACGAACCCCUUAGUGUUUUGCAGCGAAUGGUUGAACAGCUGCAGUGCACAUAUUUGUUAGACAGAGUUGCUUUAGCCGAAAGGGAUCCAGUUGCUCAGUUGGCCCAUUUGUCUUCCUUUGUGGUGUCGAUGUCGUGCAUGAUAGCAGGAAGAGUGUCCAGUCCAUUCCAGCCAAUAGAAGGAGAGACUUUCGAGUUCUGCUGGGAAACGGAGUCUGAAUCGCGUGUUUGGGUUCUGUGUGAAAGCAUAGUACACGAUCAAGGAGUGCCUGUGAGCCUCAUGUUCUGCGAGAGCGACUGCUUCGGGUGGAAACUGAGUUGCGAGACUGUUCUCCAGUACACCAUGCAACCCCACAAGCUGAACAUCAUCAACAAUUCUCUGUUCAGACUAAACCUCAAAGAUGGAAGCCAGUUUUCUUGGAACAUGCCAGGUGCUCAAGUUUCGACGAAUGCAGCCACAACUAGCAGAGUCCAGGAGCAACUAUGGCUAAACCAGACAGGGACAGUCGAAAUAUCGAGCAACAAAGACCCUCUCAAGGCGUCCAUUAACUUCCAAAAGCAUUCAUACUUCUCACUCAACAAACGACCGCCAAACUUCACAUCGGUCACAAUUUAUGACGAAUCAAAUAGCCCAAAAUUGGUGCUCCAAGGCCAAUGGAACAAAUUCUUGGAAUCAGAUCCGGAGUUUCUGAUGGAAUCUGGUUCGGGAAUUGAGCCUCGUCGAUAUUGGGAUAUUCAGGAAAUUGCAGGCUCAAGCAGUAAUAUUAAUUACGAUAUAUACAACUUCUCGAAUUUCACUCUAGCGCUUAAUGAUUUUAUCAACAGUGCUUUCGAGUCUAAUCUUCCCGUGACAGACUCAAGAUUCAGGUCUGAUUUACGAGCUUUAGAAUCGACUGAUUUUGCCAAUGAUUUUGUGUUCAUACCUGCUAGGUCUAAAGACAAAAGUGAAAAUCUUCAGCCCAAGUAUUUCUCAGCGACUACAGAAAAAGGCUUGCAGAUUUAUGAUGGCGCCAAUUAUACUCAGCUGCCGCAAUUUCAAUUUACAGGUGCUUACCAAAAAUAUCAGUUCAAAAAGAGCUCACUUAAUAAUUCUGUCUUUGAAUAA